AGUACCAAAUAAUAGAAACAAUGGAAACCGCUGCGCCCAAAGUGUUGAAAAUUAAUGUUUUGGAAUUUCUGAAUUCCUCGUUGGUUUUGGAUGGAUUACAAGGAACGGUUGAUGUUGCCGAUGCAUCGGGAGGAUCUUCUCGAGGUUCUGUACUCGUCAUGAAGUACAAUCACCAUUUGUUGACGUUCCGGUAUGAUGAAGUGGAAAGGAAUUUCGACAUUUUGAAAGUGGAUUACAACAUAUUUGAAACGGAAAUGAUACCUGGACCAUGGUAUUUGCCAAAAGCUGAAUUGGUUGCCGUGAGGAAUGUGAGGAGUUUUCAAACCUACCGUUUAGUUGACGACAAGUGGAUGGAAUAUGUGAACUAUAUUAACGAACGAGACUGUGAAGAAAUGUUACUGGGAAAAUUUUACGAGAAGAACGCGCUGUUGGAGGCUUUGGUUAAAGAUGGAAGCGGAUGGAAGUUCAUAUCGUACAAAGAUUCGGGUUGGACCGUUAAGCGUAUUCAGUUUCCUUCCGAGUGGAUGCUACCGGGAAGUGACGUUCAAGUGCUUACAAAUUUUGACGCUGGUAACGACGUGUUUAUGCUCAGGACUGCGAAUGUGCUUCGUAUUUAUAACAUUAACGCAUCGCAAAAAUUCGAGUGCAUCGUGAAGUAUGAUUUUGUGAAGCCUCCGGAAGAUUCCAAAUUUGAGCGGAUUGCAUUUGCAAAUUUUUCCAACGCUAAGUAUAAGGAUAUGCUACAUUUUAGCUCUGUUGGAUUGAACGUGUACCGUUUUCGAAAUGACAUAAAAUCGUACAAGUCAUUGUAUUAUAGCUCAAAGUUUUCGGAGUUUCGUAACUGGAAUGCGGAUUACGUGAACUCUAUAAUUGUUCACGAUAUGGAUGGUGAUGGGGCUGAGGAGUUGCUGUUUACAGGUCCAUCUGGAUUGCAAGUAUUCAAGAAGGCAGAAGAUGACAACGAGUUUUAUCUGAAUGAUGUAGUGCUGAAGAGCGCUGACAAUGUUCAGCGUUUCAUGGCAUUGAAGACUAUCAUGCCGAAAAAGGAGAAUGACAUGCUGAGCGUUAUAUUAUAUGAUGAAAGUAAACUUUUGUUGGUGAAUGUUCGUAAUGACACCGAUACGAUGGUUCUAUUUCCGGAAGAAGUACCCAAGAAAAAAGCUCAGCCAAAGCUUUCGCUGAUAACUCCUGCCGCUAACUAUACAAGGUGGUUACACGAGCAGCUGGAUCUUUCGGAGUUACUUCAACCGGUGAAUUCACUGACGGGCAAGGUAGAGCUUUCCAUACCACUGGUGCAAUUAGACAAUCCUUUUGGAAUCAGCGUACAUAAAGCCUUUCAAUAUCGGGACAUACAGGGAGAUCGAUUCCUUGCUCGUGGAUGGUGUUUUCCAUUAGACUACAUAACCGUCGACCGGCGGGGAAGUAUUUUGGAGGAAAAUUUUCGAUAUUCAAUCAUGAAGCAGAGCAAUCAAAUGGCGUUGAUUCCACACUUUGAACUGUCCACGAAUGAAGUGAUUUACUUCGAAGUUCAGAAUCAGCUAGUGUUAAGGUACUUCAAGCAAUUUGAGAGAUGGGAAAUGGAGAACAAGAGAGAAGCAAUGCGGUACAUCUUUGGAAAGUACAAUUCUUCGGAGGCGUUGCAGUACAUGGAGCAUGAUAAGGUCAAGGAGUUUCCCAUUGCUUGGUACUUGAUACGUGAAGAGGACUCAUCGAACAGCUUCGUGCAGUAUGCAUACACGAUUGAAGACGAUAAUGUGCAUCUUGCAAAUAUUAUCACGGAUCUGGGAGCUUCUGUGAGGUUCCAUUACGAUAAAGGACAAAUGCGCAACUUCACGGUUCAAACACGUUCGUAUAAGCAGGUCGUAGAUCUAGCGUAUGCAACAAAAGAAGAAUCUAAAACCUAUUUAACGGAAAUCAAACAGGAUGAUCAUACGGUUUUCGAGUUUCAAUAUGAUUACAAAUCUGAGAGAGUGGUGACAAUUGUCUACCCUAAUGGACUGAAAUCAGCUCUGGGAUAUAAAUCAGUGGAAAUAAAUCGCAAGGAUUGCAAAGAAUUGAACUUAAUUGACAAGGAUUUCAGCGUGCACUAUGGCCCAGAUUACAGCGUCAUCGUACAAACAGGACCCGACAAAAGCUAUGCUCUACUAGAAGUGCGUGAUUUACUGGGAGGACUUUUUACUACAAAAACAUUCAAUGAUACAUUAUCUACGGAGGAUCCAUUAAUUAGUUACCAAGUUGUGACACUUGAAAAUCUAUUUGGAAUCGUUGUGUCACUUAAUACUAAAAAAAUUGCCAACCUUUAUCAGUUUAAAAACCAGGAAUGGGACCACACCGAGUACAAUUUAUCUCUGGAUGCAAUCGUCACGGCCAAUACGAACUCGUUGUUUAUUAUGGAUGAUGAAGUGCUGAAGACUGUUGAGGUGAUUGAUAAUGGCGCCCUAGUUGUACAAAAACAGAAUGUACCGAAAAACGUUGUCGUUCAUACAACUUAUCGUGGUAUUCUUCUGUAUGACGACAAGGAAUUUAUUUUGCGUUAUUCCGUUAAAAAUGAGCAUUUUCAAUGGAGGUACGAAAUACCUGGACUAAUACAGUUGAUGCACGACACUGUGGAUCGAUUCCAGCUGGAUGAAGAGACGAGAACGAAUCUUUUAAGAGUAUUGAAACUUGAUAUGCUCCAAUUCUACAACAGUUGUAUAAUAUUGCGAACUUUGGAGGUGGAUAAAUCGGGGAACUUCAUUAUACGCUUAAAAAUUAAUCGAUUGGAUAAGAAUCAUCAGCUUGUUCAAGAUGACAAUUGGAGGGUUUACCUUGGUCCUGUUAAAAAUAUGAGUCUGGAGGCAAAGUCUGCUGCCGGGGAUACAUGCGUUAUUCGUUAUGUACUCAGAGGGAACAAAUAUGCUACAGAAAUUAAGACAUGUGAAGGUCCUACUAUCACUGAAAUAGAAAGCGACUUCCAAAAAGAAAUAGCAUAUAUUCAAUCUGGUCGAAAUGUGGAUAGAAUCAUCGAAACAGCAAAAUCAAUAGUUAAAUACAGUAACCGCCGGGGUGCGUUUGAGAAGAAGAUGCUUAAAGACAAUCCCUUUGCGUUCGAUGUGUUCCUCCUGGGUGUUUCGAUUGACCGAAAUGGCAUUAGAACCGGUGGUAAAAUAGUUUCCUUCAAUGGAACCAACUGGCGACAACAGAAUCAAGAAAUCGGUGUUGAUUUGACGCUGCGUGAUAAGUUGAAACUUAAGAAGCUCACCAGUGCCAACGAUACGUACAAGAUAAUCAACGAUGAACAGAUUUUGUUUGACUCGCAAACAGCAGAUACAAGUUCGGUAAAACUGGUUUGGCCCCAUUACUUUGCAUCGCAGUCCAAGGAAGAUCCACCUCGAAUAUACCUUUUCGAUAAGAAUGAAACCAUACAACUAGAAGCACAUGAAAAGCUAAGUGCAUUAAGUAACAAUCUAGUAGUAAUUACUACCGACAGAGGAAAUGCGACAGUUUUGCUGCGACCAGUAAGCAGUUUCCUGCAAUCGACUAGAGAAGUUUUGUCUAAUCAAACGUUGGAGCUGAACACGAACGAGAUUCGUAUUACCACCUACGAACACGUCGAAAUGGUUCUGGACGCUCUGUCAAAUGACUACGUGUUCACCCAAAGCAGAAUCGUUCCUGGGGGAAAUACAACCAAAUUCGGUUGGUAUGAACAUAGAUAUGAUCCUGUAUCCAGAGAAUUGAGCCGUAUCGUAUCCGACAGUGAAGGUAGCUACAUUAAAAAUAUAGAUCCAGAAAUCGGUGGCCAAUAUGAGAAACCUAACUCUACCACUGUAAUUACCGACAAGUCUGGACGUUUGCCUAUAGUGGACAUAGGUCCAAUGAAUGUUACCGAUGGAGAAUAUUCGUACUACGGAUUUGAGACAUAUGAACGAACGCUUUUUGAAAAAGAACAAAGGUGGAAAUUUAACAAUGACCGUUUGGUGAUAGAGAAUGGAAACCGCUUCCUCCAAUUGGAGAAUGGAAAUGAUCGCUUCGAAGGAACAGUUCACAUGAAAAUGUCUAAUGAAACGUACAUUUUAUCUUGUUGGAUCAACACGGAUACAGUUCAGAAAAUAGGCGAUGAAAUCAAACUUGCCACGAUUACGCUGGUGGAUAGAGAUGACAGCGAUGUUGAGAUUGGCAAGGGAAUAAUUCAACAAAUUGUUGACGAUUGGUACUACGUUGAGCUGCAAAUCAAAACCCGGGAUCUGCGGAAUGCUGUUACUGCGAACCUAAGUAUUACACCAACCAAUAAAAUGACCUUGCGUGUGGAUCACGUUCGAUUUUCACCGAUGAGUGUCGAUUUCAAAGCUUACAUAUAUCGGCAGUCAUACUGUACAGUGAGCGCAGUAUUACAUAACAACGGACUGGUGACGCAAUAUCUAUUGGAUCCACAUGGAAAUCGAGUAGUUUUCGUGUCAGAAUCAGGAAAAGUAACCGAUUUUAUAACGUACUCAAAAACUUAUUACAUUAGGGCCUCCCAAAAACUUCCGCAUGUAAUGGAAAUAAGACCUCGAGACGGAGUGGUAGAACGUUUCAAUGAUUCAUUUUCGGAAAAUUGGAAUCCAAUCAACAGAGCUGCAUGGGAAACUGUAAACGGUUAUUUGAUUCAUAAGAAGGCUGAAGGGGAUUUGUUGAAAAUAAAUGUAUCUACAAAAUGCGACAUGUUUGUCGUUCGAUUCGUGUAUAAUCUACAGACCAAGGAUGCUGCUAUACAACUGGUGGUAAACGAAAGCAAAGUCGACGCUCUAUGCAGAUCUUCUAAAAGUAUAUGUGCCACAGGUAACGUUCCAGACUACGGGGAAAUCGUUGUGUUUGUUUCCAAAUCACAUAAAGCGGUAUGGUUUGAAGGUACUUUAAUGUAUGAAGCUUCGCAUAGUAUACCCAAUUUGAACGAAGUCGGUCUUAACGUAGCAGGAUCGGUGAAAAUCAGUGAAAUGCUAAUACUGUACGAUCCGUCAAUAAAGAUCACAUAUUACAAUCGUCUCGGAUUGCCGAGGCAAACGCUAUUCAUGCAAGACGAGGACUCCGUACGAAUUAAAGAAGUACUCUACGAUGAAAUCGAUCGAUCAAUCAUAACCACAAAGUGGACAACGGUCAAGAAGAGUGGUGAUUUGCUUUUCGACUUUCAUCAAUGUUUCAUCACGUCUGUGAAAUCUUCGAAGCUUGAAGGUUUGGUCGAUCAACUAAAUCCGGACUGUAAGGGUUAUCCGUACUUCAGAAAGGACUAUGCAAACAAUCCUACCACAGUGGAAGCGGUUAUUUCAAUGCCGGGUGAAACGUUCUCAAAAGACCGGAAGUAUUUCAGACAACUCUCGAGAAAAUCUAAUAUUAAAAUUCUGGAUGUACUGUUCCCUUCAGAAGCCGGUUUUACGCAACAAGUUGAAACUAGGCAGAACAUAUCAUGUCAUGUUAUGAUCAGCAACGCAAAGAAUCAGAAGGUAGCAUUUUACAUUCAAACUGAUGAUUCCGACAGACGAAUGACAACGUAUGAGUACGACGGUGACUACCUAAUCCUAGAAUUACCACCGAUGUAUCACGUAUUGGCAGGUACAUUCAAUCGCACAAAAGCAUUCUGGAAUGGUGACAAAACGGCAGAAGACAAUCAGUUACAACAGCAGUGGGGCAAUCGAUAUGCUUACAAUGAUAAAGGUCAGAUGUUAAGUAAGAGAACGCCUGAUUCCGGCAUCCAAAGAUUUGUAUACGAUGAUGACGUUGUUAGAUUCUUGGUACACUCGGAUGGAAACAGGACGGAUAAAACUGUAUUGUUAUUUUAUGGUGCUACUGGGAAGAUUGUCAAAGAAGCCAUAGUUGAUGUCCAACAUGCAGACUUUCCCAAUUUCUCUGCCAACAGUACAUUGUCAGCGAAAUCCUCCAACUACGUUGAAUAUUAUUACGGAGAGUUUGAUCCUUCACCGAACAUAAGAUACAGAUCGCAACAAUCGAUGCGACGUAGCCAGGAUAAGCAGAUGAUAGAGAGUCUAGUUUUCGACAACAAUGAUAAAAUCACGAAAAAAGUGCAUGUUGUUCCAGCGCUGAACACGUCGUACUCCAUUGAUUACGAAUAUCUGAAUGAUAAGCUGAUCAUGGUCCGCUAUCCGAUUGACGUGAACGGCACCGAUUUCAAAUUGAUGUAUUCCUAUAACAACGCUGGAGAUAUGGUCAGCAUUGGGACGUUGACAAAUCCGGUGCGAUUUGCAAAACUGCAGUACAAUGCAGAUGGCUUGGUACAAGAAAUUCAGUUCGAACCCGGUUCCAGCUCAGCUUACAAACGGGAGUUCGAUUACAACGAACCAGGUUAUCUUAAGCGAAUUAGUGACACUUUUCUGGAGGAAAAAGUGAGCUACUUGGAAGCUGAUGGCUAUGGCAGUGCUUAUUCCAUGAUAUUCGAAGGAUUGAUUUCGAAAACUUCCUUCACUGCCAGUUGGCAUCAGCGAAGUAAUCCAGCAUUGUCAAGACUACAGUUGCGUAAAAUCGAGAACAUCAACAAAACACAAGCCGAAUACUGUUUGACAAGACUUCUGCUGUACGGUUAUUUUGAUUACCAUUUCCACCCGUUGAAAUCAUUCUACCCUAUAUUGGAUGACACGGUUGGUCAGACGUGCCGCUCGAAACAGCUUCGUAAAGUAUUCCACGCAAAUGGGUUUUCUACGGAAUAUGGUCAUUCAUAUGAGUACGAUAGCCACGAACAGCUGGUCAAAGCCAAAUAUUUCCAAUCGUCAUCAGAGGCAUCCUGGAAACCGCUUGUAGAAACAACUUUUUCUUCGAAGAUACGUGAAAUUGAUGGCGACACGUCUAGGAAGAUUUGGGCUAACCUUAUAGAUAAUGGUUUCAUCGUUCGAAACUGCUACAAUCCUGGAAUUUGCGAAGGUGCCCCAGGAAAUAAUUCAUUGCUGAACGAUAUCAUACCGAAUGGAUCGCACAUUCAAGCACUCUUGUUGAAUGCGAUUGCUAAAGUGCAAACCAUUUCCCCCGUAAACUUUGCACAAAAGUGCGCCAAAUGGACUGAAAAUGCUGGAAAUAUUGACUGUUGCAAAACUUGGAUAGAUUUGCUAGCCCACAACUUCGUUGGAGCACACUCGAACAAAACGCAAAAUGCACUUAAUCCCACUUUUAGGAACAUGCUUAGAUCGUAUUCCUCGUUCGUUCCACAAAUCGUCCAGGUACUUCAUCAACACUUUGCAACACGACUCGGAAAAUCUCCCGGUGAUGUACUAUCCUGCCGAUUCGAUGCAAACGGAAAUCAUCGGUUGUUCAACAGAGGAUUCGAUCGAUAUCUAUUCACUUAUAAGGAAGGAACCAAUCAGAUACAUACGAUGGUGAAAAGUGAUAUUGAUGAUGACUCGAACAACAAGACGUACCGAAUGGAACACAACAGCGAAGGAAGUGUAACGGUUGCCGAACACAAGGGCAUACAGAAAAUCGAAUAUGAUCCUCUUUUGAAUAGACCGUCAAGAAUUGAGAUGGCCGAUGGACGGGUAUUGAAGUUUGAUUACGAUGUUCGGGGAGAGAGAACGUUUAAGCAAGUCUUGGACAAAAACGGCAAUAUUUGGAAGGAGAAGUAUUACAUUCGAGAUUUGAACAGAAACGUUCUGGUCGAUCUACAGCUGACGUUCGUCGCCAAAGACAAAUCACCAGAUAUGCAAGUAACCAGCUAUGUCUACUCCAAUCGAGGCUUAGUAGGAUUCGUUAGAAACAAUGAAUUUUACAGCGUGUUUACCGAUCAUGAAGGUUCCACAAGGCUGGUAAUAAAAAACGGUGAAGUUAAAGCUGCUUAUGACUACCUACCCUUCGGUGUUGCUUUUCGAAAGGCUGAAGAAGAUCUGGAUGGAGGCAUUUCCUAUCUGUACACCGGACAAGAGUGGGAUGAAGAAACGGGCUUGUACAACUAUCACACCCGUUUGUAUGAUCCGGAAAUUGGGCGUUUCUAUCAAAUCGACCCUAAAAAUCAAUAUCCCAGUCCAUACGUUUACGCUGGUAACAGCCCGGUGACUCUCGUAGAUCCUGACGGUCAAUUUUUCAUGCUAUUAGUUGCCAUAGCAUUGACAAUUGUAGGUGCUUAUCUUGGCGCAGCAGCUGCAAAUGGAUCGUGGAAUCCUGCCGAAUGGGAUUGGAAAAGCCCCAACACAUGGUUGGCAAUUACUGGUGGUGCAUUAAGCGGAGCUGCGCUGCCCUUCAGCAUUGGUUCAACUUUGACGUAUUUCACUACUACAUUAGGACUCAGCGUUAGUACCUCAGUGAGCAUUGUGAUUGGAAGUGGAAUAGGAUUCACUUAUCUUUCGAUGGCUGCAGCGAACAGCAAUUGGAAUCCUGCAGAAUGGGAUAUGAAAUCACCGGUCACUUGGAAUGCAUUCUUCCAGGGCAUUUCCACUAGCGUUUCUGUUCUGAAUAAUCCAAACACUCUAGUGAGUUCGUACAAUGGAAUUUCCACUUAUGUUGGCAAAGGAUUAUUCAUCGGUGGCAAAUUAGUUUUGACAACAGGAUUUGUCUAUAUGUUUGGAGUGAUACAACAGAAUGGAGAAUUCGAUCCUUCCAAGUGGGAUUUCUCAAAACCGGGAUUGUACAUGUCAAUGUUCGACGGAGCUAUGCAAGCCACGGCGACUGUCACCUUUGUCACUAACCUGCCGAAAGAUGUGAAAAUGUGGGUUAAGAAAAUUUCCAGUGCCCUUGACCGGAUGGAUGAAAUCGAUACAUUCCUGGCGUACAAUAGACACUUGGGUUCAGACUGGUCCAAAAAACUUUCCGAAGCGCGGUACUUUUUGAAAGCAAACUCUGCUAAUUUCAAUGCAGUGGGAAAAACUACAUUCAACAUUUUUCUGUACACUGUAAUAUCUUCGUUAAGGAUGUCCCAAACGAUUGAGAAUAAUGUAGUUCCAGAGUUUGGCAUCAUGAUAGAGUUCAUCGAAGCAAUAAACACAAUAGGAUCUUUCACCGACAAAUUGGUUAAUGAAUUGGUGCCAGCCGAUAUAACUGCAAAAACGGCAAUGGUUCGCAAAAUGCCUGACAAUAUUGAAGUCCCCGAAUAUAGUGCCUUAUCAUCCGGUGCAUCCAAACUGUUUAGCUCCAUAUUGGAUUUCAUCAAUUUCCGUUUCAUCAUCCCGGACCAAGCAGGAACUUCACGGUCAGAUAUAACAAACUACAUCCCAACAAACUCAUCCACCGGUAGAAUUUUGUCCAUCCCCAACUGUUACCAAUUGUACGAUGCCAGAAGUGCAAAAUCCUUCGUUCACUGCUAUGGUCACAGGUCAAAGAUAUUAAUUCAUUUCAAACACUCGUACGAUGGAAUCGCGGAAGAUGUAUACCACACUUGUUAUCCGCUUAGUCACUACCACAUACCGAGUGUAUCCUGCGAAGGCGAGAAAUCUUCAUUGCUGUUCACUGCUUACGACCGGCCGAAGAUGUUUGAUUUUCUGGAUGGGUGGGUUCUGUUGGCUCGCGUCAUGCCUACUGCAGUAAGAAGUAUUGUCAGAUGCGUUCGAAGCGUUUUCGGUAGUGACCUGAACCGAACUCUAACGGUUCGAAGAGAUGAAGCAGAAAUGCUGGUAGUGAGCCUAGAUGGAUUCGAUAGAAUGAAGGAAGUAACUAAGACAGUUACGUGGGCAGAGAAGGCGCUUGAAGAAUUAAACGAAGACAUUGUGGAAUUUUUAGAUGCUCCGAGAAGGGACUUUCGGACGUACGUUGCUUUCAAGGAAAGGAUCGCAGCGUUGCAGGAAGAUAUUUUGGAAGACUUUGAACUUCGCAGUUCUAGAAUGGAUGGCCAUUUGGUUAAUUUUAAAUCAAAGAUACAAGAGUUGAAUAUUUUGCAGCCGCCAACAAUUCAAUGUUUGAUGCACGAAAUUGAUCUGUUGGCUCAUGACGGAGGAAAGAUGCUGCAAUAACUGUGUUUAAUUACAGAUGACCGAAAUCAUGCUUGAAGUUUUGGUUACAAAAUAAAAUGAUACAAUCAUGUUUUAAAACUGCUCUUGGCGGUGUAAUUUUUUACCGAAAUACU